AUGGAUCAAACUACGAGGAAAUCAACUAGACAUCUUGGAAGUGGAGAUUGCCAGUACCAGUGGACCCUUGGCCCCUUUACCCCCCGGCAAAACCCUGGUGACCAUUGGUCUCAAACAACUAUAAAAAGCCACCCCACGUCUCUGGCAGGUCCAAAACACGACGUGAACCAUGCGCGGAGGCAGUUUAACGCGGUACCACACGCCCGUGCUCACCCAACAAAAGGGCAAAGGCUUGGCCGAAGACUUGAUCAAACUGGCGGGACCCUUGAUCGUGCAGCAAGCGCAAGCGGGACUGCAAGAUAUUCAACGUGGCAAGAGUGCUGCAGCCACGUGGGCGGAUCGAAGUGCCCAACUCAGUCGCGGCUUGAAACGCAAAGCCCCCGCCAUGGCUUGGACAGCUGGCAAACACAAGGUCAAACGGACCGCUCAAAAUACCUAUAAAAGAGCCACGCAACGCGUACGGGAUAUCUUUGGACUGUGAAAAACAAUGGUACGUGUAGGAGGUUUUCUCAAAUCGCAAAAUCGCGUUCGACGGCAACGGGCCCGUGGACGGUUUAUUUCACCGUAUCAAGUGGGAGGCACGAUCUUUGGCAAGUCGACGACAGCGCGUUAUCCGCUGAUGCACACGUCCUCCCGCCAAUUGGAUCGUUACCUACAGCGCAGGAUGAAAGGGGGCACGAUUUUCGGCAAGUUCACUCGCAGGCGCCAAAAUCCUUUGGGGUUCCCCACAGCCGCCGAUAGGAUCAAUCCUGCUCCAUGGAGGGUGGAACAGGCCCUGCGCCGCAUGAAAGGGGGCAAGAUUAUUGGGGCGUUGGGCAAGGGGGAUCUCCGAACAGUGUUGUGGGCCAAUCAAGCCAAAGCCAGGAAGCAACGCAGGCGAAAGGGUAUAAAAAGAGGACGUCGUUAAAAAACCCAGUCAAACAGAUCGCACCAUGUCGCUCGAACUGUUUGACGUGCCUGAUGUGGAUUAUCGGUACGAAGCCUCGCGGGAGGUGGAGUUUCAACCCGCUUUGACAGGUAUCCAACCCAUCACGUUCUCCAUUCCUGGCUCGGACGAUUAUUACGAUCUCAAUUCUCUCCGCUUCAAAGUCAAAGUGCGCUUGACCGAUCCAGCGGCUGGGUAUACAGGACUGGAUGCGGGUCUACUCAUUUCCAAUGCCGACGAAACCAGACAUGUCUACUGCGUCAACAAUUUUGGUCAAUCCAUCUUUCGAGACAUUACCAUGAGCAUGAAUGGCGUCCUUGUGACCGAACAGAGCAACACUUACCAUUACAGAGCCUACAUAGAAACCCUGCUGAACUACAACCGAGAAGAAGGAGCCACCAAGCUAGCUCCCCAAGGAUGGGUCAAUCAGCUGAAUGUAGCAGCAGAAAUAGGAACCACCGCCGCCAAUUCCGAUGUCCCUGUGGCUGCAAACUGGAGUGGCAAUGCAGAGUUACGUGCCCUGACCAGCAAGUUACUGAGUGAAAAUUGGCACACCUUCAUCGUGCGUCCCCAUUUGCCCACCCUCCAUACAGGCAAAUUGUUGGUCCCCAAUAUCCAGUUGGACUUUGAACUGUUCCUCAACCCCAAGACUAUCUACUUGAUGGGUUCCCCCAACAAAGGCACCUUGACCACCAAGAAAAUUCCAGCCAUCCACAAUGAUGACAUCAAAGUCACCUUGUUGAUGAGAAAAGUGACCCUGAAUGCUGCUGUCUAUGUCAGACUGCAAAAAGAAAGACAACUGAACAAACAGAUUGCCCGCUACCCUGUGGUGCGGAGUGAAAUUCGCACCUUUUCCUUUGAUGGACGCACCACCCAAUGGGAACAAGACAAUGUGUUUGUGGGACGAUUUCCUGAUCGAGUGAUUGUGGGAUUAUUGCAUUCGGAUGCCUUCAAUGGAGACCUGGAAAGAUACCCUUUUGCUUUUCAAAAGUUUGGGGUCACCCAAGUACGACAGACCUUGAAUGGAGAAGAAUACCCUUACAGAACCCUGCAAUUGACAGGAGACCAAGCCUAUGAAGAUUUGCUGGGCUACGAUCGAUUUCUACAAGCCAUGGGUGUCUACAAUGAACACAAGAUCCCUAUGCUGCUGCCUGGUGAUUGGGGACAAGGCAAGAAUUGUACCUUGUUCAUGUUCAACAAUGUGCCCAGUCAAAAAGCCGAUGACCCUGAAUAUCGCAACCCCCGCCAAUCCGGCAAUACGCGAUUGAUCAUUGAUUUUGCUGCGGCUGUGGGACACAAUGUCACCGUCUUGGUAUGGAGCGAGUAUGAAAACAUGUAUGAGAUCAACCAUCUGGGAGGUAUAAAGUACAACAUCAACGGCUGAGACAUCAGAAGUCAAAAGACACCGAGCAUGGAGUUUGUGGCACUCAGUGACACUGUGUUGCGGACCCUGGCCUUGGAAGACCCCGAAUUACGACGCGUGUUUCAUGGGGUGCAUCCCGCCGACCAACUCCCCCGAUCCCCCGCCAAGGAGAUCCGUCAAGCCUACAUUGUCAACACGGACCCCGCGGGAGAACCGGGCCAGCAUUGGUUGGGCCUGUGGACCGAAAAGAACCAGUGCGAGAUCUUUGACAGUUAUGGUCUACCCCUGCACGUGUACACCACCCCGGAGUUGCACCAAUGGUGGGGUCAAUGGAAGUACCUGACGCGCAGUGACCAGACCCUGCAAGCCCUGGAUAGUCAAACCUGUGGCCAUUAUGCGUUAUUUUUCUUGAAAGCCCGGGCACAAGGACGGUCCUAUCAAGAAUUUUUGAGUCAAUGGAGUUGCGAUAAUUUAGUGUUGAAUGAUCAUAAAGUGGCCGACCAGUUAAAACGGGUGAUUAAACAGGAAUUACAAGAUGAAGUGGAUGCCCGACGGGAUGGGGGGCAAAAGAAUGUAAGCCGCCAGGCCUUUAUCACGUGUCAUCCUUAUGCAUGUUAAUAAAAAACCAUAAAACGAGAUGUGUGGUGAACGAGUGGUCAUUUUGUCUCUCAUGAUGAUUACGCGAAGCGAUGUCCAACGUAUUGUGGAUGCGUUCAUUCUCGAAGAAACCUUGUAUUGGUGGGAACACCCCAUCGAACGGGUCAACACCGUGCGAGGGAUUGAUGCCUGGGAUGGGUAUCAUUGGCUCAUGGCCCGACAAUUGGCGCAAGACCAAGAUUGGGUGUCCCUCAAACAGUAUAUGGACAGUAUGAGCGAAACGUAUUUAAGAGAAACCAUGGAAGGCCUGAUCCAGUCCGAAUCGCCACGUGUGUAUCGCGAGUAUUGGACAGCAUGCCCCACCGCAGACGACGGCGACGACAACGACAGGGCACCCGACGACCCCGCUUUCGCCAAAACGGACGAGGCAUCAUGAGCGUGUUGGCCAAAGCCUAUAAAAUCGGGGAUCAAUUGGGACGCGACAAACGGUAUAAACGUAUGGGUGCUAAAGGAGCCACCGGUCAUUAUCGACGUCACCCUCGACCGUGGGAAUCAUGAUCCGACAACCCAGUAGUGUGAUUAUCGCAGGCCCCUCAGGUAGUGGCAAGACGGAUUUGGUGGAACAAUGGUUACGGUACCUCAACGUGUUUCAAGUCAAACCCCGCAAGAUUGUGUAUGCCUAUGAUCGUUGGCAACCCCGAUUCGAGCGGAUGCAAAAAAAGGAUGGAAUUCAAUUUUAUCGCGGGUUACCGGACCCUCGUCAUUUGACGCAAUGGUUUGGUCGAACGCGUGGCGGGGUAUUGGUCUUGGACGACCUGAUGGAAGAAGGGGGACAAGACAAGCGCGUGUUGGAUUUGUUCACCAAAGAUUCGCAUCAUCGUAACAUCACGGUGCUGUAUUUGACGCAAGAUUUAUUCCCGCCGGGUAAAUUUUCCAAGACCAUCAAUCGCAACGCGCAUUACAUUGUGGCCUUCAAAAACCCUCGGGAUCAAACAGGGAUACGGACCAUUUUAUUGCAAGCCUUUCCGGAUCGGUGGCGUCAAGUGUUGCGCCUAUUUAAACGCAUCACGGCUCGACCUUUUGGCUAUUUGAUGUUGGAUGUGCAUCCAGCCUCGGAUGAUCGCUACCGUUUGUGGAGUCAUUUAACGCCCCGAGAAGGCAAAGCCCAAGUCCACACUUUGCGGGCGGAUGUCCCUGCCGAUCGAAAACGCGCUGCUACGAGAACGCGAACGUCAACGGCGGCAAAGAGAAGGCGGACAACAUACUGAGUUAGCCGCUCGCAUGGACGCUCACACGCCCGCGGGGGUAGGAUCCCCCUCGGUCCUCCGAGAUCUCAGCAGCAUGACGGACAUGGUGACCGAAUUGUCUCGACCCGUGGAUCGUGCCCAAUUGCAGCAAGACAUUGAGGAUUUUAAUUUGACCUACCCGGUCAAUGUAGACGAUGCCUUGAAUGCCUUCACACUCCCGCCCGUGGCAGGCACUGGUACAGCCCCUGUCACCACUGCCACCACCACCACCACGGCAGCCCCAACCCGCCCCACGACCACCACCACCACCACCAGCCGACCACGACCCGUCACGUCCACCCGAACACGCCCCACCACUACUGCCACGACCACCACUGCCCCUGCCCGCCCCUCCACCUCCCGCCGCAGUGUUGGGGCAGGAACCAGGACCACCACCUCCACGACAACGACCCCCACAGGACGCCCCACCAUCGCCGCCAAACAACCGCGACGGCGCCCCAGGGUGCCCUCACCACCCUCCCCAGGUUCGUCCCCUCCGUCCGAUGACGAGGAUGGCGAUGAUGAUGAUGACGAUCGACGGCGAGGCUUAAGGCGACGGUUGGAUUUGCUCAAUGAAGAUGCUCAAGAACGGGCACGAGGUCGACGGAUUCGCAACAUCACGCACACCAAUACGGUGACCACCGUGUAUGAAGAGGGGGGUCGUCCCUCGGUGCGCCGCACGUCCACCCGAACCUCCAGCCCAAGUCCA